GGAAACAGCCUCAGGAGUACGAGUGGUUUGCGAGUUUGCCUAGCAAGUUAGAGUUGCAGUCAGUCUAUCUUGCCCACCCCAGUGUCUUCCAUCUUUAAGGGGCGUACGGCCCCGCCCCUUGCCUGUGAUGGCUGCGGUCACUUUAAGUGAGAAGGUGGGGGCGAGAAAGAGGGUUUAAAAAAAAAAAAAAAUCUGCCUAAGAUGGCGGCCCACUAAUCACGUGCCGAGUCGCUGCGAGUGAUUGGCUCUGAGUGCCCCCGCAGGGAGGAGCUCUUUAUAAGGGGCGGGGCCCUCGCGGGCAGCAGCCAGCUACUGUUUGCCGGAACCUCCCGGCGCGUUCCCGCGCUCCCCCCUCCCGCCCGGCGCGCGACCCCGCCGCUUCGAAUGUUGUGAAUCAAAUGUGGGGUUUGUUACAUUCCGCUGCCGCCGCGGACAGUUCUUAAAGGGCCAGCCUCCGGCAGCUGCGCAAACCCAGCAGUGUCCUGCCGCCGUCUCCCGCUCUCUGAGGGCCUGAGCCGAGAGACUGACCGCGCGUGGGCCUCGCGAGGCAGACUCUUGGCGGACGGACAACAAAGAAAGAGGGCCCCGGAAGGAGCCGGACUGCCCCCGGACCGGGGGGUGGGGAAAGGAGCACAUUGUUUCGCAGGGCGGGGGCUCUUAAAGGGUCCAGGCUGCACACUCCACCCCCCCGCCCCCUGCCCACCUUGGCCGUCCUAGAUCGGGAACAAAGGAGUCAACGUGUGGCCAGGUGGCCGAAGGGUUGUGAGCCCCAGCCCAGCCCCUCCACCCCUCUGCCACCCCUGAUGCAACCAUGGGCUCUGGCAGUGACUAGGUGGCCACCCUCUGCCCCUGUGAGUCAGCGGCGAUUCUCUGCAGGAACCAGUAGCCACCCAGGCCAGCUCCGGGGAAGCCCCAGCCGCGAGGGCCCCCUGGCCAGCCCGCCUGCCCAGGAUGAGCGCUUACCCUCCCAGCAGCCACCGCCCCGACCAGCACACCUCCCCGUAGAGGAGCGCCGAGCCUUGGCUCCUGCCGGCGGGAGCCCCCGAAUGCUGCACCCAACUUCCCAGCAGAGCCCAUUCAUGGUUGAUCUUCACGAGCAGGUGCACCAGGGACCUGUGCCUCUGUCCUACACAGUCACCACAGUGACAACCCAAGGCUUCCCCCUGCCUACAGGCCAGCACAUCCCUGGCUGCAGUGCCCAGCAGCUCCCAGCAUGCUCCGUGAUGUUCAGCGGGCAGCACUACCCCCUCUGCUGCCUCCCACCCCCACAGCUGAUCCAGGCGUGUACCAUGCAGCAGCUCCCUGUGCCCUAUCAGGCCUACCCCCACCUCAUCUCCAGUGACCACUACAUCCUGCACCCCCCACCGCCAGCUCCACACCCCCAGCCCACUCACAUGGCACCUCUUGGGCAGUUUGUAUCGCUGCAGACCCAGCACCCACGUAUGCCCCUGCAGCGCCUUGACAAUGACGUGGACCUUCGGGGGGAUCAGCAUCCCCUGGGGAGCUUCACCUACUCCACCUCUGCCCCGGGCCCGACCCUGUCCCCUUCCGUGCCCCUGCAUUACCUGCCCCACGAUCCCCUGCACCAGGAACUGUCCUUCGGUGUGCCAUAUUCCCACAUGAUGCCUCGGAGACUGAGCACCCAGAGAUACCGCCUGCAGCAGCCACUGCCCCCACCACCCCCGCCACCUCCCCCACCACCAUAUUACCCCAGCUUCCUGCCCUACUUCCUCUCGAUGCUGCCAAUGUCACCAACAGCAAUGGGGCCCACCAUCAGCCUGGAUCUUGAUGUGGAUGACGUGGAGAUGGAGAACUAUGAGGCCCUCCUGAACCUGGCAGAGCGGCUGGGAGAUGCCAAGCCCCGUGGCCUCACCAAAGCGGACAUCGAACAGCUUCCGUCGUACCGCUUUCACCCUGACAGCCACCAGUCGGAGCAGACGCUGUGUGUCGUCUGCUUCAGUGACUUCGAGGCGCGGCAGCUGCUCCGGGUCCUCCCCUGCAACCAUGAGUUCCAUACCAAGUGUGUUGACAAGUGGUUGAAGGCCAACCGGACAUGUCCCAUUUGCCGGGCUGACGCUUCCGAGGUGCCCAGGGAGGCUGAGUGAGGCCCACAGCCGCCCAGGAGAACCCGGCCCAAAGCUCUGGAAACGGGGGGCCUGGGAAGGCCCGGGAGGGCGUGGCCGAGGUCUGCCCCACCAUUCCUGCCUGCAUCUCCAGAGCUGGUGCCAGGGUCAGCCCGAGAGAACCCCUGCAAUAAGCCCCUGCGUUUGCCAAGCUCCAAAGACUCCCUCCCCCCUGCCUGCCACUCUGCCCGCCACUGGGUGGCCUGAGUGUCCCUAACUCAGUCUCUCUCCUGUUUGUCCUCGGGUCUGUCUCCUUUUCCUGCCGGCACUGGGAGCCUGGGGUCCAUCCCCGUAAGUGCGGCCAGUGGAGAUCCUUGGCCCCAGGAUGGGCAAAGGGGCCGCUGUCCUGGGUCACCUGGUCUCUUGCACUGAAGUGGUGUGCUCUCCGCCCAGGUGGCACCGACAGGCAUGGACAGAUGGUGGCAGGAGGCCGGUGUGUCCUCCCGCCUAGACCCCGGACAGACUCAGGCAGCCAACCCCGCCCAGGCUGCUGCGAGGGGUGGGGCUUGCUCCCUAGAGAACCCUCACCCCAGGCACAACAUUCCAGCCCCAACCCCAGGCUGGAGGGCAGCAGAGCCAGCCUCCCAAGCAGAUGGGAGGCAGGCCCUGAGCUGGGGUGGCAUGUGUCCUGAGGAGGCCUGGGCCAGGCCAGGGAGAGUGACCUCUCGUGUUGCUGGUGGCCACUCCUCCUGGCAGUGGUGGGGCCCAGACCCAUGCCCGAUCUCCCCUCUCUGUCGUUUUGCAUGAACGUGAGGAGCAGCAGUUUCUGUUUAUUCAUUUGGCCCAAAAUUGCGUGUAGGAUUCAAGGGUGUGGAUUUUUAAACAAUUUCUUUUUGUUUAAUGGGGGACUAGGGACCACCCAGGACCAAGUGCCCAGGGGGCCAGGAGCAGUGUGGUGGUGCCGCCUGGUCUGCAUGCAUGUGCGCGGCUGGGGCUGGGCCCGGCGGCUGGCAGUCAUGGUCGGGGUUGAGGGGGAAUCUGUGCUCAGCUGAUAACUGCCAUGCACUGUACUGCACACGUCCCCAGAGCCUACCGGGACCGUACGCUUUUCAGGGCAUUUCUCCCUCUCCAGCCAGGGCCUGUAUCCCACCUGCCUGGAUGAGCCUCCUCCAAGGAAGUCCCAGGAGGAUAGGGACCAGGGAGGGCAUGGACCCCACCUCCAGGGGCCCCCUCCCAGCCUGAGCCCUGCCCUCCAACAUCUGGAGGAGCCCCUGUAGGGUCUGGCUGAGCUCCCCACCCUUGCCUUUCCCCCGUCCUGUUCCUUUCCUCUCUCACACUCCCCCCGCCCCCCGCCCCGGCGCUGGGGUUGCUGCCCCGAACGAACGAACCGCGUGUGGGGCCGGCACAUCCUAGCAGGCAGCCCCUGGCGCCUGCUGCCUCAGGGAUGCUCCAACCACCCUCGUUCUCCUGCAGCAGCCCUGGCUCCCCUCCUCCCCCAGCCUGCCAUGGGGCCCCAUCAGCCUGGCCCCACCCCAUGGAGAACCCAAAGUCUUACUGUAUAUAAUUCCAGGUGACAUUUCUAUAUUUAUAGCAGUGUUGAAACCCCAUGUGUUUUACACAGAGAACCACCCUCUCCAACCCCCUCCCUUCCCCACCCCCAAAAAAGUUUUUCAGAACCCUUCUGGUUCCUGGGGCAGGCGGAAACAGGCUCACGGGUUAUGUGUUGGCUGCAGCAGUGAUUCCAACGAGCAGCUAUUGGGGGGGAAACACAACAACAAAAAAUCAUUAAAAAAAGAUUUAUAAAACAAUUAUUUAGGAUGUUUGUGAUUUGCCGACCUUGCUAUAGAUGCCAUGUUACCAAUGAUUUCCUGUGGUGGGGGCUUGUCAUUGUUUACUCUUUUAUUUACCAACUUCUGGCCUAGGCAUGACAGUGGGCACCAUCCCCCAGCCCUGGCUGGGCCCAGCACCUGUGUUCUGUGUUAGAAAGGUCUUAUAUAUAUAUAUAAUUACGUAUAUAUAUAUAAAUAUAUGUAAUUGGGGGGCCCUGUUCCUUGCACAUUUUACAGUUACCUCAUUUUUCCCAUGUAUGUAUUUGAGAAAAUGCUAAUAUAUAGAGAAAAAAAUGGUUCUUAAAGCUUAAAUGUGUGGUUUUUUCCAUUCCAUUGGAUUCACAUUGGUUUGUAGCAUUUAACAUAACUAGUAUGUUGUAUUAUAUAUAUGUGUAUACUGAUUGAAAUUUUUAACAGAUUUGUACUUUUUUUAAAAUGAAAGUUGCUAGUUCUGCUUGACCAAGUAGUGCAAUCAUUAUUUUUUUUAAUAUUGUUGCUGAUUUCAGAGGGAUAUUCACUAAUAAAUGUAUGAUGUAUAUCAA